GGGUGGGGGCAGCUGCGAGGGCGAGGGGAGCUGAGGACCGACCGAGAGGUGGGGAGGGGGAGGGCCUUGGAGGCGGAGAGGAGCGGCGGGCGGGGAGAGGACCCGCCGAGGGGCGGCGGGCGCGGCGGGAGCUCGGCGCCGGCGGCAGCGCGGGCAGGCGCGGGGACGCAAUGUCGCUGCCGCCGCCUCCUCGCGGGCCGGGGCUGCGCCGCCGGGGCUGAGCCGCCGCGGAGCCGGAGCCGAGCGGCCGCCGGGCGCGCCCGCAGCGCGGGAGGAUGGGCUGCGGCGGGAGCCGGGCGGAUGCCAUCGAGCCCCGCUACUACGAGAGCUGGACCCGGGAGACCGAGUCCACCUGGCUCACCUACACCGACUCGGACACGCCGCCCAGCGCCGCCGGCCCGGACAGCGGCCCCGAGGCGGGCGGCCUGCACGCGGGUGUGCUAGAAGAUGGACUGUCCUCCAAUGGUGUGCCCCGAUCUACAGCACCAGGUGGAAUAUCCAACCCAGAGAAGAAGACGAACUGUGGGACCCAGUGCCCAAAUCCCCAGAACCUCAGCUCAGGCCCUCUGACCCAGAAACAGAAUGGCCUUCGGACCACAGAGGCUAAAAGAGAUACUAAGAGAAUGUCUGCAAAAGAAGUCACCAUUAAUGUUACAGACAGCAUCCGACAGAUAGACAAAAGUCGAAGAAUCACAAAGAACUGUGUCAACUAGCAGUGUCCAUAUAGAAAGUGGACGGACUUCUCUGUUGCUCUUCACAAUCCUGGAUCCUAUCAAGGAAGCUUGAGGAAGUGGAUGCUCCUUGCUGAACCUGAACGCUGCUGAGUGCCUUGAGAGACUGUCUUACCUGGCAGCAAAAAGCUGCCUGAGUUGUUGGGACCUUCUGAGCCUCCUGUUUAUCAUGUAAAUAUAUUGGCACAGUGCUCACGAAUGCUAAUAAACUGCAGAUGUGCAGUUCAGUUUGCCUCUUUCCAACUCCUGUCACAGGGUCAGGUGUAAAAGAGCUAAUAUUACACAUCAGUUUAUGAGGCGGAGAAAAGCAGGAGGAGUGGGUUUCCUGGAUGAAAGAUCCGCAUCUUAGCACUAAAGCUCUCCUGGCCACAAAGGUGUGUUCGGUUUCAGGCAAGCUUAUUCUUUCCUUUUUUCUUUUUAAAUACCACCAUCUCCAAACUUACCAUGUUCACUGAAAAGCUGGCUUUCACCCAACUCUAAAUGCAGAUACACGAGAUGUCAAGAAACAGGAAAACUCCCUGUUAUCCUUGUUUCCUUAGCUCUUGGUAUGAGAUCAGAUCCAGUUCCUCACGCACUAGCUCUGCCACACCCAUGGCGGGUCUUUGGGAGGUCUCUGCGAUGCAGUCACACCUGCUCCUUGUAUGCCUGGAAAGUCUUCCAAGCUGGCACCCAUGUUGGCCUCCAGACCAUAAUGUCACCAUCCUUGUGGCCAAACUAGAAUGUCCCUCAAGGCUUAGCCAGAUGUGGCAGUUUUUCAUAGCUUUCCAGUCCCCUGUGCUUGUCUUCUUGAGCGUUCUCCCUCUGCACGUGGGUUAUUUGCAAUUGUCAAUCAAAGGCUGGACACUGCUUGUGUGAGGGAGAUAACCAGGGAAGCAGCACACACAGCUUCCCCUUGGCUUGUAUGUACACAGCCUGAGGACUAUGUCAUUUUGGCACUUGCAACGAAAUCACUUUAGAAAGCCAGUGCCCAGUUGAUGUGUAUUCACAUUGACAUUAGAUUGAUGUGCACUACAUUAGAAAUCAGGUAGCUGACACAGAAAAAGCAAGUUUUGAUAGGAAUAAUUUUCUACCAUUUCUUUAAACAUGUUCAACUGGAAGUAUUUUCUUCCAAAAUAAUAUAGCAUGAUUUUUAAAGGACUGUUAACAUGCCUGGGGUUGGGAAAGGUAGGACUAAAGUUGUACCAAACUAUACCAAUAAACUCCAUGUAUAGCAGAAAUAGGCAGCCUGAUGGUGUGUGUUUAUGUAACAUAGUUCAGAGAACUGACAUACAGGUUGAAAGUCAGAUAUGCAACCUCCUUAUCUGCUAACUCUGUCAUUCCUCCAACACAAGUGAUUAGUGUCUUUUUUUUUCCUUCCUUCCUUCCUUCCCUCCCUACCUCUUGCCUUCUCCCCUUCUUUCCCUCCCCCAUUCCUUCCAUGGGUAGAUUGUAUAUUUAUUCAUUAAACAAUAAAUUUCCACCCUAUGCCAGACACUAUGCAGAUAUUGAGGGGUUUGGAGUCUGGUCAGUCAUGACUGUAUAUUCUGAAUCUACCAGUGACUUUACAACUAGGAGACUGACUUAGACCCUAGGGUACAGCAUGUUUUGUGAAUUGCUCUGCAGUGAAAUCUCACUUUUAUAUUCAGGGAAGGUUUAUCUUAAACUGGGUGUUCUCCUAAUCAAUGGAUAAGCCUUUACCAUACACAUAACUACAGUUUUCCUAAACUUUUAUCAUUUUGUGAUUCCUUUAGAAAGGGCUUUUGGGGAACUUAAUGUUCUAAAAAAAUGUUUUUAAUAAUAAUAAAAUAAAAUAAAAGCAAAACCUGUGACUCCUGUGCCCCCACUGGCGUUACUCGGCAGGAGCCCCCAACUGCUAGUGGUUGGCAAUGAUCCUGCAAGUUCAAGGGCUCUUCCCAGGGCAUGUGCAUUUAGUGCGAGGUGUUCCUUUGCCAGGUACUGGGCCUGGCUUCUCUUUACAGCUUUGUUGCUGCACCAGUUCACUGCUGCAUGUUGUCUGGAAUUUAUCACCUUGAAAAGGUGUCUCUGCUUUAAAUAGAAACGGUUUCCCACUCUGGGGGAGAAGGAAGUGCCAAAGGCACAGGAUCUGGCCCUCCCCAGAACAACCUGGAUUUCACCAAGACAGUGACCAGAAGUUAAACCACGUUACUGAAAAUUCAUCUGGAAAUUUUUUCGUAUGUGUAUAAGACAAACUGAUUCUUACUAUCCUAUUAGGAUAACACUUUUCAUCGCAAAGUUUGUGUCAAUAAAAUCAUUAAUUUCAAACAUA